GUGUAAAAUCUCGCGAGAUUACACCGUAGCGCGCAAAGGACGUGAAGUCUCGCGUUGUUUCGACGCCCCGAAGACACACCGUUUUGCGUAGAAACCAACAACAAACAUGGCGGACGAUCACACAGAUGCAGAUCAGAGCAUGGAAGGACACACUCCUAUCGCGGAAAAUCCCCACGCGGAGUACGGGCUCACGGAAAACAUCCAGAGAAUAGUAGAGAGCGAGAAAGCCAACGUGGACAAAGUGCCCAAACAGAAGGUGGAUCUCCAGACGCUACAGACUCUCCCCACGCGAGCGUACCUGGAUCAGACGGUGGUUCCCAUCCUGCUGCAGGGUCUCUCCGUCCUCGCCAAGGAACGGCCUCCGAACCCCAUCGAGUUUCUAGCCACGUUCCUGCUGAAGAACAAAUCGCAGUUCGAGGACCGGAGUUAAGAUGAAGGACAUGUGAAGCUGCUGAUCCACUCGUUCGCUUUGUGUCCACUGACCUUGUAGUUGUUUGUGCUUUUUUUGUUUGUUUUGUUUUUCAUUAAAAUGUUGCAUCAAAGACA